CUUGUUCAUUAUAUUAUCAAGCACAUUGAUCUUAAUUUCAAGUCCCUAAUCAUUAGACUUUGAAAGUGAUUGAUCCAAACUGUUGUGGAGUCCCAUCUAGCUAGCUAGCUGCUUUUUUUCAAUAAAGACUUGAAUCGAAUUCCAUUUUGUCCCAAUUCUAAUGGAGAAAAAAAGUUCAAGAAUCUCACAUGAAUUAUGCUUCAUGUUCUUGUUUUUGUUCUUGUCAUCAUGCAGUAUUUGUCAUGGCUUACAAAAUGUGAUCAGUGAGCAUGAACUCCUUUUAUCACUUAAAGCUUCCAUUCAUGAUCCUUUGUCCUUCCUCUCUAAUUGGAAGAACACUUCUUUCUGUAAUUGGAAUGGUGUUUCAUGCAAUUCCAAUUCCACUUAUGUCACCGGAAUCAAUCUUUCUGGAAAGAAUCUAUCAGGGAGAAUCUCGGAAUCUUUAUUCGAGUUCUUCAACAUUGAAAAAAUCGAUCUUUCAAAUAACCAGCUCUCUGGCGACAUACCGAAAAAUGUCUUCUCUUGUCCUUCCUUGGUUCAUCUCAACCUAAGCAACAACAACUUAACAGGUUGGAUUCCUAAAGGUUGGAUUCCAAAGCUAGAGAAGCUAGAUUUGUCAAAUAACUUCCUUUCUGGAGUAAUUCCGGAGGGAAUUGGAUUCUUUUCAGGGCUACAUUAUCUUGACCUUGGGGGAAAUGCUUUGGUUGGACAUAUUCCAAAGUCAAUCACAAAUCUAACAAGAUUACAAGAUCUGACUUUGGCAUCAAACCAAUUAGUAGGUGAAUUACCCUUGGAAUUGGGGUUUAUGAAAAGUUUGAAGUUUAUCUACUUGGGUUACAACAAUCUUUCCGGUGGAAUCCCGAAAGAACUCGGUGAGUUAGCUCGUCUGAAUCAUCUCAAUCUUGCUUUCAACAAUCUCACGGGUGAAAUCCCAUCUUCACUUGGUAAUCUCAUCGAACUUAACUACCUUUUCUUGUACUUCAACAAGCUUACCGGUCCAAUUCCUAAAACAAUUUUUAACCUCAAGAAAUUAAUAUCUCUUGAUGUAAGUGAUAAUCUUUUAUCGGGUGAAAUACCGGAACUUGUUUCCAACUUUCGAGCUCUAGAAGUCUUCCACUUGUUCUCAAAUAAUUUUUCGGGUAAAAUACCAAAAUCCUUGGCUUCUUUACCUCAUCUCCAAGUUCUUCAACUAUGGUCUAAUAAGUUUUCUGGUGAGAUUCCUUAUGAUCUUGGAAAGUACAAUAACCUCACGAUACUUGAUCUUUCUACGAACAAUCUCACCGGGAAUAUACCCGCAUCUCUUUGUAAUUCGGGUCAUCUUCAUAAACUCAUCCUUUUUUCCAAUUCCCUUGAAGGGGACAUUCCUAAAAGUUUGAGACAUUGUAAGAGCUUAGAAAGGGUUCGUCUUCAAAAUAAUAGAUUAUCGGGUGAGCUUUCCUCCGAUUUCACUAAGCUACCACUUGUUUACUUUCUUGAUUUGUCUUCAAACAAUCUUUCCGGGAACGUAAACAAUUGGGCAUGGAAUAUGCCAAAGCUUCAAAUGUUGAGUUUAGCAAGAAAUGGUUUCUUUGGAGAAUUUCCUGAUUUGUUUGCUAGCAGCAAACUUGAGAAGUUAGACUUAUCGGGAAAUUAUUUCUCUGGUUCCAUCCCUCCGAUAAUUGGAAAAUUCUCGGAGUUGAUGGAGUUGAAAAUAAGUCAUAACAUGGUUUCAGGGAAAAUUCCUGAUGAAUUAUCUUUAUGCAAAAAGAUAGUUAACAUCAACCUAAGCUACAACUUUAUCACCGGUGGAAUCCCUGAAACCCUGUCAACAUUGCCGGUUUUAGGAAAUCUUGAUUUGUCAAGCAACCAACUCUCUGGUGAAAUCCCAAAAACUCUUGGGACCGUGGAGUCACUUGUUCAGGUGAACCUAUCUCAUAAUCAUUUUCAUGGAAAUUUACCUUCCACGGGAGUAUUCGCGACUAUCAAUUCGUCAGCAGUCACUGGCAACAACCUAUGUGGUGGUGCAUCAAUUGCCAAUUUACCACCAUGCAAGGAAACUAAAAACUUCAAUUGGUGGUUUUUAGGGAUGGCUUUGGCUGCAAUACUAGCUGUUUUCAUCUUUAUUAUGGUCUUAUUGUAUGUCAAAAGACGGAAAGAAUUUGUUCAUGAAGUGAAAAUGAAAGUGGAAAGCAAAUUAGACGGAGGUAACGAAUGGGAGUUACUCUUUUUCGAUCAUAAUGCUUCAAAACUCUUGGCAAUCGACGAGAUUUUGCACUUUUUGAGAGAACACAAAAAUGUGGCAGCAACGAAAAACAUACAAUAUUUUGUGAAAGAGUUCAAUGAGAUCAAUCUCAAGAGUGACCAUCACAUUAUCGAACUCAAGGAGAUUGGAAAGGUUCGACACCCAAACAUAGUUAAACUAAUAGCAAUUUGCAAGUCGGAUAAAGGAAGACUGGUCUUAGUUCACGAAUUUAUUGAAGGCAAGAAGUUGAGUGAAGUAAUUCGAGAGUUAAGUUGGGAAAGCCGGAUGAAGGUUGCCGUUGGGAUCGCGAAAGCUCUAAAUUACUUGCACGGGUGCUGCUCGUCGGCGCCUAUCAUUAUAGGCAAUAUUACACCCGAAAGCAUUUUUGUGAUUGACGGGAAAGAUGAGGCUUGCUUGAAAUUGAAUCCUCCGGGGAUGAUUUUUCCAAAUACUACCAAGUGUUUGGUUUCAUCAAAAUAUAUCGCACCAGAGACAAAAGAGACCAAAGAGAUAACCGAGAGCAGUGACAUGUACGGAUUGGGCCUCAUCCUCAUCGAACUACUAACAGGUAAAACCCCAGUCGACGCAGAGGUUGGUUUGCACGAAAACCUUGUCGACUGGGCACGAUACUGCUACUCCGAUUGCCACCUUGAGACAUGGGUUGAUCCAUUACUUAAGACACAUGCAUCAAAGAAACCUAACCAUAUCGUCGAGGUCAUGAAUAUAGCCCUACAGUGCACUGCUCGCGAUCCGGCUGCACGACCAUAUGCAGGGGAUGUGGCUAAAGUUCUAGAAUCUAUUACAAGGUCAAGUAACUUAUGUUACUAGUUAAUUAGGUGUUAAUUAAUCAGGGUUUUGGAUUUUUCUAUGAUGUUAUUUUGCUCUUGCUUUCUUCUUCAUUUUUAGCAUAAGGUUUUUAUUUGAGUGGAAAGUAGUGAAGUGGAUGUUUAAUGUUGGAUAUUGUUUUUCAUAUUCACUUAUGAGUGUAGUUAACUAGCUAGUAAUUGUGAAUGUAGAUAUAUGAUGAAGACAUGUCAAAUAUCUCCUCGAAAUAAUGAAAUAAUAUCAUGGAAUGCAUUAUCA